AUGGUGCGCAACAGAGAGGGAGCCGACCAGCGUCCAGAAGCUGCUUUGGAGGAGGCGGAGGAGGUCCUUCAAGGUGAAGUUCACCAGACUCCGGACGAUGCCCGUCCGCAGACCGAACUGGCUAUUCCGAGUUCUGCAGGCUCUGGGACAUCGUUUCAAGGGGUUCCUUCAGCUCUGGAUGACUUGUCCGUCACGGCCAAUGGCGAGCCGUGCUUUGCUCCACCUUGCCUGAGCACGGAAAGCUCAGCCUCCGCUGGAGCAACAAAGGACGACGAAUACGACGAGCAUGAAAGUCCCCUGGCAGUCCUCCCUGGUCAUUUGGGACAUCCUGAGUUUUGCCGGCGACCUUGCAUUUUGUUCUCGGCAGGGAACUGUGAAGCGGGCAUGGGCUGCAACUACUGCCAUCUGCCUCAUCAUCGGAAGGUCAAGCUGCCCCAGGCCAUACGUUGCAAGCUGAAGGCGACGCGUGCAACAGAGCGUCUCGAAAUCCUGAUGCAGAUCCUGCGCAAGAAGGAGGCUGGGAUGCCCCGCACGCUUCCUUCCAUUCAGAAGUUGAUCAGCAUUACGCACGAGGCUUUGGAUGCCGCCAACUCCUCCCAGGCCUCUUCUCCUGAUCGGAGAGCAGCGCAGGCAGUUCUGGCAAAGAUGCCGGUGGCUGCGCUGCUAGGUGAGUUUUUCACUUCUGACUUCGAUCCGGAAGUUCGGGUCUGCUUGCAGCAAGAACUUUCGGAUCUGCGUGCGCAGUGUGCCAAGAUGCUCGCACAUUCCAAUCCUUAG